CUGCCGGUGUACUUUUGCGCCUGCGCGGCCUCUUCUUUCGCUCAGUAGUGGGUGGGAUUAAAGUGGCAAGAUGGCGGCGCCCAGCGGUUUAGGAGAGUAGAGGGAGACGUGAGUGACCGCGAUCUCCCCUCCUCGUGCGCACAGGGCUGCCACCGUAAUAUGCUGCAGAAUGCAGUCAACUUUUCAUACCUUUCUCACUUGUCCCUCAUAUUGGGAAAGACCAUUAAAUGGAGCAUUGAGCCGAAUCAAAUGGCAGAAGAGGCUAGUUCCAAGAGACGUCAGAUCUAUUUACAGUGAAACAGGGAAGUGGGAAAGAAACUAUGGAUUGGAGACUAGGCAGAGAGUUGAAAGCUGGUGGUAUUCAAGAAUAAAAGACCAGUUCAACAAAAUUGCAGACAUAGAUAAAUCAAGACCAAAGUUUUAUGUCCUGUCAAUGUUUCCAUAUCCUUCUGGAAAGCUUCACAUGGGGCAUGUUCGAGUCUACACCAUAAGUGACACGAUAGCACGGUUUCAGAAAAUGAGAGGAAUGCAGGUGAUAAAUCCAAUGGGAUGGGAUGCAUUUGGAUUACCUGCAGAGAAUGCUGCCAUCGAGCAUGAGUUACAUCCAGCAAACUGGACACAGAGUAAUAUUCAACACAUGAAAGAGCAGUUCAGUGCAUUAGGCCUGUCUUUUAGCUGGGAUCGGGAAAUAACCACUUAUUUGCCAGACUACUAUAAGUGGACGCAGUAUCUCUUUAUUAAACUUUAUGAAGCUGGAUUAGCCUAUCAGAAUGAAGCAAUGGUUAAUUGGGAUCCUGUGGACCAGACUGUUCUUGCUAAUGAACAGGUGGAUGAAAAUGGCUGUUCAUGGCGCUCAGGAGCAAAAGUGGAAAAGAAAUACCUCAAACAAUGGUUUAUUAAGACUACUGCCUAUGCAAAGGCCAUGCUUGAUUCAUUGUCAGAUCUCCCCACGUGGUAUGGAAUAAAGGAAAUGCAAGCCAAUUGGCUAGGGGACUGUACUGGGUGCAAUUUUGAGUUCAUGUUAAAGGUUAAUAACAUACCAACAGGAGAGAGAAUCACAGCCUAUGCAUAUACACCUGAAGCCAUCAGUGGUGCUUCCCAUUUAUAUAUUUUACCCAGCCAUAGACUGUUGCAUGGAAAUAGCUGUCUAAAGGAAGUCUUCCAGAAGGAGUUUGUCCCAGGCAAAGACUCUCUUACUUCCGUGACAGCUGUGAACUUGUUCACUAGUCAAGAGAUCCCUGUAGUCAUAUCCGCAAAAUCAGAGUGUGAAGGCUAUCUAGAUGCUAAAAUAGGAAUCCCUUGCACUAGACCAGAUGAUGCCGAAGUUGCCAAGAAUUUGGGUCUAUCUUUUGAAGAAGUCAUUGAAACUCUUCCAGAUGGUUCAGAGAGAUUGAUCAACUCUGGAGAGUUCACAGGUAUGAGUAGACAAAAAGCAUUAAAUGCCAUCACUCAACAAGCCAGAAAUAAAGGAGUAGGAGGACACCUAACGAGCAAUAAAUUAAAAGAUUGGCUGAUAUCACGACAGCGCUAUUGGGGAACACCCAUACCAAUCAUUCACUGCCAGAGCUGUGGUCCUGUCCCUGUGCCUUUUGAGGAUUUGCCUGUGAAGUUGCCCAGCAUUGCAUCCUUUACAGGAAAGGGUGGCUCACCUUUAGCUUCUGCUUCCCACUGGGUAAACUGCUCGUGUCCAAGAUGCAAAGCGCCUGCGAGGAGGGAAACAGACACCAUGGAUACAUUUGUUGAUUCAUCUUGGUAUUAUUUAAGGUACACUGAUCCUCAUAACUCUGAGAGGCCUUUUCGCAAAGACUUGGCAGACUAUUGGAUGCCUGUGGAUCUGUAUAUUGGGGGGAAAGAGCAUGCAGUUAUGCAUUUGUACUAUGCAAGGUUCAUCAGCCAUUUUUGCCACAAUCAAAAGUUGACAAAAUACAAAGAGCCUUUUUAUAAACUCUUAGUUCAGGGUCUUAUCAAGAAUCGGACAUUCAGACUAGAAUCAACAGGCAGAUAUUUGAAGAGGGAAGAAGUUGAUUUUACAGGUCCUGAACCUGUUCACAUAAAAACCAAAGAGAAGCUGCAGGUGAUGUGGGAAAAGAUGAGUAAAUCCAAGCACAAUGGCAUAGAACCUGAGGAAAUGGUCCAAAAGUAUGGAAUCGACACGGUCCGACUCUACAUCCUAUUUGCUGCCCCUCCAGAGCAAGACAUAUUGUGGGAUGCAAAGACUGAUGCGAUUCCCGGGGUGCAAAGAUGGCAAUCUCGCCUCUGGCACUUAGCAACCAAACUUAUUGAAGCUAGGAAUUCUGGAUCUCUGCCCAGUCCUCGUCUAUUGAAUCAAAAAGAGAAAGCUGAAGCCAAACGUAUCUGGGAGCGGAAGAACCUUGCCGUCUCUGAGGUAACAGAAUACUUCCUCAAGGAUUAUUUGUUUCAUACUGCCAUUUCUUAUCUGAUGGGCCUCAGUAACAUGCUAUCACAAGCUUCCCCACGGCUUCUUCUCCACAGCGUAGAAUAUGAAGAUGCUUUGGCAACUCUCUGUAUUAUGCUUGCCCCAGUGGCCCCACACAUAGCUUCAGAGAUCUGGAAAGGCUUGUCUCAUAUUCAGAACAAACUUUGUACUCAUCAUCACUGGGACAUGGACGUGCUGCAACAGCCUUGGCCCACAGUGGAUCCGGAAUACAUUCAGCAGCCCGAUAUAGUGGAAGUGUCAGUUCUGAUCAACAACAAACCCUGUGGUAAAAUUAGUGUACCUCAGCAAGUAGCCCGAGAUGCAGACGUAGUUCGUGAACUGGUUGUUCAAAGUAAGCUGGGAACUGAGCAUCUUCAAGGACGUACCAUUACAAAGUUCUUCUUAUCUCCUCGAACUGCCCUCGUCAAUUUCCUAGUCCAGAAAUAACGGGCAGAGGUAUUUUCAUAGAGAGACUGUCUGGGUGAUUGAUGGAAUUAACUGAAAAAAGACUGGUUGAACAUCCACAAGACAGUUGUUCAAAACUGACUUCAGACUUGGGAAAAGCAAAAUAGUAUUGUGAGGAAAAGAGUGACUAUCAUUGUAUCACUCUCAAAGUGAAAACAUUUGGAGUAUCCUUUCUCAUUAGGAAGGGAAGCUACCUGACCACUCUUCAGCUUGUUAAAGAUGCCACAAAGGACAGAAAGGUGAAAGAAAAGAGUAGAGAGUGAAUCUAAACUCUAUACCAUCAGUGAACCUGAGCAAUUUUAGAAAGGUAUGUUUUUGGAAAUCCAUUGUAAAAUAAAAACUUGAGUUGACCAUUU